AUGACUAAUGUACAACGAAACCAUCUUAAUCAAGCUUCUAGCUCGAGUUCAUCUACCAGAGCUGAAAAACGAAAAGGGUAUAACAAAAGAUAUUAUGCUGCACGCAAAGAAAAUAACAAAGUCCUGAAAUUUGGGAGUGGUGAGGUCUCCCAAAGUGCUUCAUCACUAUCUUUAAUGAGUAAUAGAUUAGCAGAAAGGACACCGUUAAGAAGUUUACAGACUAAUAUUACUCAAUUUACCCAAAUGACAAACGUGAAUGCAUCAAGUAUUUCUACCAUGCAACGUAAGGAGUACAAUGGAAUGCAUAUUUCAAACGGUGUUCGAAUUCAACCACUUACACUUUUACCUCAAUUUUCUGAAGUAGUUGAUCAACCUUCCUUCCAAAAUGAGAAUGUAGAAGAUGAUCCAUAUAACUUUGUUUACGAUCGUUUACCCAGAGAACAUCGUGUUUUAAAAGAACGUGGUGCAUGUCCUGAUUGUGGAGCAAAACGUUUUCAAUUUGAAUUUGAUACCUUUUGUUGUAUGAGUAGGAAAACUGUGUUAGCAAAUUCAGAAAUUCCAGAGGAAUUGCACCGACUUUUCACAUCGCAAGAUGAAAUUGGAAAUAUUUUUAGGCAAAACAUUCGUGCUUAUAACACGAAUUUUUCUUUUGCCUCAAUGGGAGUGACGUUGGAUGAUACAUUGAACAAUAUGAGAGACGGUGUAUAUACUUUUCGUGCACAUAGAGGAAUAUAUCACAAAAUCAACCAAUUAGUUUCGAGGGAUGGAACCCCUAGGUACCUGCAGUUGUAUUUUUAUGAUCCUGAUGCCGAGUUAGAUCUCAGGCUCCAAUGGCCAAAUCUUGAUCGUUGUAUUACUCAGAUUUUGACACGCGUUCUUUCUACAAACCCAUAUGUUGAUACAUUUAGAAGACUUGCAGAACUAGGACCUCUGGACAACUAUAGAGUCACUUUGAAUGCUUCGGUUGAACUUGACCAAAGGGUGUACAACCGACCAACGACAUCGGAGGUUGCUGGUAUUUGGGUUGAAGGUAAUGACAAUAUUACUUCGUAUAAACGAAGUAUUGUUGUGUAUGGUAGGUCUGAAUAUAGCCAAACUAUUCAACCGUACUUCAGUUGUUACGAUCCAUUGUCGUAUCCUCUAUUUUUUCCUAAUGGUGAGUCGGGUUGGCAUGCAAACAUACCACGUCACGGAGUAUCAAUAAAUGAGGUUCGAAACAAUGACAACAUCGAAGGAGAAAUGGAAGAGGCUAACACACGAAGUGGUAGAACAACCGUGGCUAUGCGAGAGUACUACUGUUACAAGUUCCAGAUUCGAUCUACCGAAAACGUGCUUCUGUUCGGUGGUAGACUGCUACAACAGUUUGUGGUAGAUGUUUACAUAAAAAUUGAGACGUCACGCUUAGAAUUUUGUGAGAGAAACCAGGCUAAGAUACGGGCCGAUUUGUACCAAGGUCUUGUGGAUUGCGUCAAUGCUGGUGAGGUUCAUGCAAACAGAGUCGGGAAAAGAAUUGUGUUGCCUGCAUCUUUCAUCGGAGGGCCUCGCGACAUGCGACGUCGGUUUCUAGAUGCGAUGACUUUAGUUCAAGAUGACGGCAAGCCUGAUAUAUUCCUUACAAUGACGUGUAAUCCUAAGUGGCCUGAGAUAUGUGAUAAUUUACAUGUUGGUCAAACUGCACAAGAUUGUCCAGACCUUGUUUCAAGAGUGUUCCGGGGUAAAUUAGAAGAUCUUAAGGAACAACUCUUCAAGAAACAUAUCCUUGGGGAAGUUAAGUCAUACGUUUAUGUCAUCGAAUUUCAAAAGCGUGGUUUGCCGCACGCACAUUUUCUCCUUAUCAUGUACCCGCAACACAAGAUCAAUAACGCGGACCAUUAUGAUAAGGUUGUGUGUGCUGAAAUUCCUAACAAACAAAGACAUCCCAAAUUGCAUGAGAUGGUUGUCAAGCACAUGAUUCACGGUCCUUGCGGCAAUUUACGAUUAAGCAGUCCUUGUAUGCAGGGUGAUCCUAAAAUUUGUCAUUUUCACUAUCCUAGACAAUUUAAUGAACAGGCAACACAAGGAGAAGAUGCGUAUCCGUUGUAUCGAAGGAGAGACACCGGGAUAGAAGUGGAUAUACGAGGAAUAACCCUUGAUAAUAGAUGGGUGGUCCCAUAUAACCCAAGGCUUUUGAUGAUGUUUAACUGCCACAUCAAUGUUGAAGUUUGCUCAAGUAUAAAAUCUGUGAAAUAUCUUUUUAAAUAUGUUUAUAAAGGACAUGACAAACAGGUUAUUCAAGUUGAUCAAAGUGAGCCAGGGGUUGUUGUUAAUGAGAUAAAGAGCUUUCAAGAUGCACGCUACAUAUCGCCCCCAGAGGCUAUGUGGCGCAUUUUUUCCUUCUCUCUUUCUCAAAUCUCUCCUUCUGUUUUAGCCUUACAACUUCAUCUCCCAAAUAAUCAGAUGGUUAGAUUUAGAGAUGAUGACUUAAUGUCUAAUAUUGUUGAUAGGGAAAGGGAUAAGAGAACCAUGCUAACAGCAUUUUUUGAGAGAAAUAGAAUCGAUGAAACAGCAAGGGUAUAUUUGUAUAAAGAUUUUCCAAAACACUUUACAUGGAAUGGAAGCACACGUCGUUGGAAUCCUCGUGGCCGUAAAAACCAAAGAGGUCGUAUCGUUUCCGCUAAUCCAGCCGAAGGAUAA